UGGAUGCAACAAUCAAGUAAAGACCAAGAUAGCUCUAGAAUAAACCAAGAUCGUGGGAGGCCAAAGGGUAGUCUACGUAUCAGUAAAAUAUUAAUUCAGUCAAGUCUUUGCUUGCAAUUUUCGGUGUCUUGUUUUUACCUAAGUUUUUUUGGUUUCUACAACUUGUAAGACUAUAAAAAGACCUAAAUAGCCAUGAAUAAAAUCAUUCCCCUUUUAAUCAAAAAAACUCUUUUAAAUCUGUCAAUCGUUUGUUCAUCACUAAACAUCAAUUGCUUAGGAGUUAAUUCUCUGCAAAGCACUUUUCCCUUGAUCAUUGUUUGUGGAAACGUCUCUCACGAUCACUGGCGCAUCUACACAAGUGUUGACCAGUUCAUAGAUCCUCACUGAAAACCAUCUAUCAAGAUUCCACCACCAUCAGUUCAAAACCGAUCCAUUCUCUUUCAAACCAUCAGAUCAUCCUUCAAAAUCAGGGACAAAUGAUCUCUUCAUAAGAGAUUCAUCACAAGGAAGCUCUGAUAUAUCUAAGUAUCCACCUUACAGCUGAUUAGUGCUCCUUGAUAAGGUUACUCAUGUACCUACACACAAGCCCUACUGCAAAUGCCAAAUCUGGUCUCAUUCCUAUCAUUACAUACAUCACACUUCCGUCUUCUCUUCUAUAUGAAUUAACUCCAUCUCCUCUACAUGUUCCUCAGUCUCCUUUGUUUGUAGCCAUUUUUAAUUUGAAAUGAAUCUCCAUUGGAAUACCAACUUAAUUCGUUUGAUCCAUCCCAAAAUUGUCCAAUACUUUCAACAAAUACCCUUCUUGUGAUACAAAGGAAUCAAAAGUUUCAAAGAAAAGUUUUUGAUUAAAAAGGUAAUUAUUUUGUUUCUGAAACAAAAGAGUGCUUAAGUAGAGAAGAAGAAAUCGAAAAGUCCAAAGGGAAGGUGAAAAGUCCUAAAUUGCAAAAACAAGAAAAUACUUAGAAAAACUAAAUAAGUCCAUAGACUGAAAGAUUGAAGAGUUGAGUUGGUUCCUUGACUUGAUCUUCAUCUUCAUUUGGCUUUAGUUUAGGAUAAACCAAACAAACAAUUGCAUUCUUCAAAUUCCUGGUCUGAGAUCUCGUAAUAGGCCCAUUAGAGAAAGAGAAUGGGUCGUUUUGGGCUGAGGAAGUCAUGUCUGGUCCAUCUUCAGUUUGGGUACGAGUUUGAGUAUCACCAAGUCCAUUUAGCUCCAAGUCAGCUUCAUAGUCACUUGAUUGUUGCAUUCACUCAGGUUUAUCCACAGGUUUGGCAUCCACAGAGAUGCAUCCACGGGUUCCAUCCACAUGGUUACAUCCACGGGGUUGCAUCCACUAACUAUGUCCUUCCUCUUCCAAGUUAGCUUCUAGUUAGACCCUGGUUGCAUCACUUUGGAUACUAAGCUUUGCUACAGAAAAGAAGGACUCUUUGUGGUUAAAGGUUAUGUUGAUGCAAACUAUGAUUGGACAUGGAUAAGAGGCGGUCUACGACAGGUAUUGUUUUCAUGCUUGGAGGAAAUUUUGUUAGCUGGAGAUCAAGCAUGCAUGAUGUAGUACCAUUAUCUUCAACAUAGUCAGAGUAUAUUGCUUUGUCAGAGGCAGCUAAGGAGGCAGUAUGAUUAAGAGGCUUGAUGAAUGAGUUGGGUUUUGAUCAAGGAGCAUUUAGUGUGUAUUGUGACUCACAUGGCGUCAUUGCUUUAGCAAAAAAUGCAGUGUUUCACGGGAGAACAAAACAUGUUCAGGUCAAGUAUCAUUUCGUAAGAGACUUGAUAAGUGAAGGUUGGGUGAAUGUAGUGAAGAUUGUGACUCCUUAUACUUCAGUAGAUAUAUUGUCUUACAAAUUGGCAAGUCAAAAGAAAUUGAUUCGGGUAUAGGCUUUAAGAGAAGAAGCAAAGAAGGUUUUCUUUGAAGGAUAUGAGAUAUGAAGCUUGGGGAGUAUUCACAAAGGAUUGUAAAGAAAGAGUGAGCGUUACUCGGGUUUUUAAAGUUUGAAGGAACUAAGGUCAAAAAUCUGAUGAAGGACAAGGGGGAGAAUUGAAUAUAUUCUUAAUCAAGAUUAUAUGAUGGUACAAUAUAUCCAAGAAAAUCAGAGGCUGGUUUAGGUGAUUGCUAAUUAUUGAAUCGGGAAUACACAUGCAUACAUGAUCAUUAAAACGACGGAGUAUGGGUUGUUAGAUCCUAAGUUAUCUUCUUCUGAGUCUUGAGAGAAAAAGUGAGAGAGAUUGUAUUGAGAAUAAAAGAACAAACCAUUGUACACGAGUGAGCUCGAGUUUGAACUGAGAUCUUAGUGAAAGUUGCUGGUCCAUCCUAGAUUCGGUGAGCAUAGUAGCUUUUCACAUCGAAGAGUGAGUUGAAUACCGGAUAAACAAUUUAUUUGUGUCUUUACUUGUUCAUACACACGUGAUUCGCACAAGAGAGUAAGUGAGGUUUAACACAAAUCGAUCAAAGAUCCGUACAAUAUGUUUAUGCAAAAGCAAGGGAUAUAACUACACUACACUGAGAGUUAUGAGAUAAAAUGUAUUUAAUAUGAGUUAAAUAUUGUACACCUGAAGACACUAGGUGUGAUGUAAUAUCAAGCUAAUUAUGUUAUCUCAUAUAAUAGUGGUGAUGUUAGUCGCAGGGAUUAGUUGAAUAAGAGUAAAUUAAUAGGGGACAAAAUGAUAUAACGGAACCAAAAACAUAACUUUAAAUCGUUAAUAAAAGGUAAAGGCUGUUUAAGAAAUUAAAGGCAAAAACUGUAAUAAAACAGUAACUCUAUUUUCGGUACAUGGAUAUUGAUUUGUUUUUAUUUAAUUAAAUCUGUUUGUUUCUACUGUGAUGUUGAAAUAGUUAGAUUAACCGGUUUAAUAUUAUUAUUGAUAUGAUAUAUGUCUAUUUUAGUAUGGCUAAUAAACUAUUUAUAUUUUAAAUGACAAUAUUUUAUGAAAAUUUUACAUGUAGACAUACUUUUUCCUUUUUCAUAUCACUUGGACAUACUCUCUUCAUGUCCAGUACUUUACUAGGGGAGAAUGACCAAGCUACCCCAAAACUACAACUAGCUUAGUUACUUUUUUUUAAUUUAGAUUUCUUUUUAUUUUUACCUCACCGUAACCCAAUUGCAUCCGCUUUUUCAUCUCUGUCUUCUUAGGAACCCUAGAUUUCGUCAAUUUCCUUCUCACCGCCGCAGCUCAAGAAUCAAAGGUUUCAGCUUUAUGCAAUCUUUCUAUCUCCUUUUCGAUUGUAAACCCUGAAUUCAUUCCACCUUUCUGCUUGUCUAAUUACCGACGAGGCUUCCCGGACAAAUUGCAAACUACCCGAACGGAUCUUUGCAGCAUACAUGUUUUAGAGGAAGCGAUUCAAUCUCAUAUGUACUGUCAACAUUGAUCGUGUGGUCAGGGGUAGGAAACAUGUGGUCAGCAACAUCAAUGAUGUGGUCACUAGAUGAGUGGAACCAGUGAGCUGUGUUGGGGUUUGUUGUUUAGGGGUAGCGGCAUCGUGGUCAGGUAGUACGAUAAUUGGGGUCAGAGGUGGUGUGGUGUGGUAUGAAUGUUAUGUUGUUACAUGUUAUUUGGUUGUUACCUUAGUGGAGAGGAGUUCGGGUUGGUGAGCAUGCCGUGAGUAUUAUGGUAGUUUUCAUACAUCCACGGAUAUUUGAUAAUGAGUUUGGUUGGCAAAACACUCAACAUCAUAUUGGUUGAAUAAUGAAGAGGUACACAUCGUGGGAUGUGGUUAGCAUCCUCUCUUUUCUGACCACAUGAAUCCCAAAUGAAGUGUUUAAGGUGAGUUAAAUAAGAAAGGAAUGUAACUGAAGGAGAGAGAACAGAAGGGAAACAUUUAUUAAUAAAUAAUUGAGAACGUGACUUGUGUUUUAAAAGAAACAAACGAAACUGGUAUCUUUUUGGUCUUAUCUAUCUCUUUCCAACCAAGGGCAAUUUUGUAAACAAAAUAAAAAAGCAAGUCUAAAGUACACUACCAGCACAAAGUAUCUAAAAGUGCAAGUGUCCAAGACUAAAGUAUAUGUUAAUAUCUCAUAUUUUAUGAGUAGAAAACAAAUUAUAUUUAACAGAAUACAUAUACGUCGUUUUUAUGUCAAGACUCACAACUUUAAAGGUGGUUUCUUUUAAGAACUCCAAAUAAAACUUAAAAAUAAACAAAAUUCCAGAUUUGACCUAAUAUUACUCUUCAUGGCGACUCCUAUAAAUGCCAUCUCAACAAAGUGUCGAGAGAAAAGCUUUCAAAGUGCAUAAAAUAUAAUUCCGAAAGUUUCUACCAUAAUCAUAUAAAUAAACUGCAAUAUGUCCUCCAUUACAAAUCUUCCCCAUCCAGGCUUCGAUGCAAAAGUCGUAAACAACCAACCAAGCAACAUACCAUCGGAAUACGUAUGGUCCGACGAAGACAAACCUUCCACCGACAUCAAAGAGCUCCAAGUCCCUAUCCUCGACAUCUCCAGUUUUCUCUCCGGACAAGACGACCAUGUCGCGACUUCUCAAGCGUUUAGGCUCGUGUCCGAAGCUGCGAAGCUUCACGGCUUCUUCCUCGUCACAAACCAUGGAGUUCAGGAGGGGAUAUUAGCACGUGCCUACAAGUGUAUGGGAACGUUUUUUGACUUGCCGGCAUCGGAGAAACAGAAAGCCAAGAGGAAAUGGGGUGAGAUCUCCGGUUACGCCGAUAGCUUCUACUCGGAGCUUCCGUGGAAGGAAACGUUGACGUUUAGAUUCUCUGCUGAGGAGAAGCUCAGGAGCGGCACGGAAACAGUUAAAGAUUACGUUUCUAAGACAAUGGGAGACGGGAACGAAGAGUUUGGAACUGUGUUUCAUGAAUACUCAGAGGCGAUGAACACUCUUUCGCUAAAUAUCAUAGAGUUUCUUGGAAUGAGUCUUGGGAUCGAAAGACGCUAUAUGAGAGAGUUUUACCGAGAUAACGAUUCGAUACUUAGGUUGAAUUACUAUCCGCCAUGCAAGCAGCCAAACCAUACAUUAGGGACAGGACCCCACACCGACCCGACUUCUCUAACCAUACUUUAUCAAGACCACGUCGGUGGUCUUCAGGUUUUCGUGGAGAACCAGUGGAGAUCCAUUGCUCCCAAGCCUCAAUCAUUCGUGGUUAACAUCGGCGAUACCUUCAUGGCGUUGACGAAUGGAAUAUACAGAAGUUGCUUGCACCGAGCAGUGGUGAACAAAGAAAGGGAAAGGAAGUCAUUAGCAUUUUUCUUAUGUCCACAAAUGGACAAAGUGGUGAAACCACCGAAGGAGCUACUAGAAGUGUCCGGCCAAAGGCUGUAUCCUAACUUUACAUGGUCCAUGUUUCUUGAGUUCACGCAGAAGCAUUAUAGAUCCGACAAGAACACUCUUCAAAAGUUCUCAGACUGGCUUAGGAGCAAAGAAGUUAUCGACAACAAACUUGCCGGACAAAGUUAGAAAGAGACUGAGAGAUAAAAAAAAAAAACAAAUUGAAGGGUUUGAUAAUGUUUUAAUGGAAAUUUCAGUUAAUGUUUUCUGAGCUUCAGACAGUUUAUCUAUAAAGAAUAGUAACCAAGCAACCAACCGCCUUAAAAACAAGAAUCCCAAAGAUUAGUAUGAGCUAACCAAACAACCAACCGCCUUAAAUAACCAGAGCAUCUACUGUAAGUCUAUAAUCUAUGUUGUUUUGUCUCCAAAACGUAUCCAUGAAUAUAUAAGAAUAUAAAAAAAUUAGAUCCCUUGUAUCUCAAGUGAUAAAAGAGUAUGUAACUAAGAAGAGACAGCCCUUGACAAAAGAAAAAGGUUUCAAUCGUACGUGUUCCAUUAAAGGACGCAUUUUAACUGAACUGAAUCCAAUAAUUUAGAAAGGUUAAAGUAACAUCUUAAGCAAAAAGCUCACAAAACUGUCACGUUCCAAACAUCAUACUGGAGAGGAUGCACACAUAGUUUUGGACCCCUUGUUUAUGUGCCAUCGGAGUAAAUAUUUUAGGUUUAUGCACACCUAACAUUAGUAGUCACUUUGUUUCAUAGAACUUUUCCACAUGUAUUAUGAAAAAAGAAUAUAGAGUUAUUUGUUUAUAGUUACUUUUAUUUGCCCAAGAAUUAUAACCAAAACUCCAAAAGAAAACCCCACAUUAACAACUAUUAUACAACACUCUGAUUUUUAAUUAAUAUUCUUAUAACUUUAUUCGCUCAAGACAUGAUACAGUUUGUAAUGCAUUUUUUCCUGUAAAAAGAGGUGAUCUUAAUUUAUUUAUGAUUGCCUAUUUGUAUUUUAGGGUCAAGACAAGAGAACAAAAUACAGAAAACAAAAGAAUGGCCCAUCUAAAUAAUUUUCUUGGUGGCUUCUCAUGAAAUGUAUUUGCUGAUGAUUCAGCUAUACAUCAAAACUCGAUAUUCGACACAUCACACACUAAUAUCUUUUUGUUUGCUUCCUCCUUUGUGUUGGCAAGAUUAUCACAAUACUUCUAUAACUCACAUAUGUUAAGAAGAAAUUACGUCUUUGUGACUUGAAAAGUUAUGGAAAAAGUUUCUAAACAUUUAGUUUAAUCAUCCAGAAACAGUAUCUUUCAUUUCUAAGCACACCUCACCUCAAGAUGUCCAAUAAUUUCAACUCUUUUCUCCAGUGAUGUGGCGGAAAGGAAGAAAAAAAUAAAAAUAAGCCGAAAAAUAUGUUUCUUAUUUUUGUCUCUAAAUCUAUGUUAGAUUCGGCACAGAGUAGGGGCCUGGGGUUGUACCAAGUAAAGAGACAAUGUGUUUUUUCUUUGUUAUCUUCUUGUAUUGUUUUACCUUAUAGCCGGUGUUAUUAAAUUAUAGUUUCUUGAAGUAUUUAAAUGAAUUAAACCUCCAAAAGUACCAAAUAAAGUGAAACAACUCUAUAGAUUAAUCGUUUUAGAGAAAUGUUUGUAAUUGUUUUUGCUUUCUACAACACGAACCAUGAUGAAUUCAUUGACAAAAAAAAGUAUAGAUGAUAAUGGUACUCACUCUGCAUCAUAAAGUUAAAAAAAAAUCACUUGUACUAUGUGAAGUAUCUAUUAUGAUUGUUCUAUAAUUACUUUUAUUUUUCCGACCACUAUAAGAGCAACAUUAGAUAAGAACUCCAAAGAAUUUCUUAAACAAAAAAAAUAUAUUAAUAUUUUAAUGAAUUAUAAUUAAAAAUUAAAAGUUAAUUAUAAACAAAAGUUCAAUCAAUCUAUUGUUUACAAGUGUCAUACAUAGUUUUAGUGGAGCUUUAGAAAAUCCUAAUAUUAGAAGUUUUGUCUAUUUUCUCUCUUUUCUUUUGAUUAUUUUUUAUUCUUUUAUUCUAAGAAACACACUUUAAAAAAUUUCGUUGGAGGUGUUCUAACAACAAAUAAUUAUAAUACAAAAGUCUGAUGCGUUUUAUCAUUUCUGAAACUGAACCCUCAACAGAUAAAAUUUAUGUAACUAAUAAUAAACUAUAUAAACGUUGACAAAAAAAAACCAUAUAAACAUUUAGAACAUC